ACAAACAAACAAAAACCCAACACAGUUAUGACUUUGGAGAAAGGGGUUGGUCUUGGGCAGUGUGCUUGUCCCAGAUCCACCCAGCACGUGUGGGAUGGGGAAACUGAGGCACAAAUGGAGCAGACCCUUCAGCCAUUCUUGCCCCUCCCCCUUUAGAAAAGACAGUUGCUUCACUCCUUUAUUUAGAUAGAGGCUUAGGUCAGGAGUUUUGCUUUGCUUCUUAACAAUAUCUUGGGUCUUCUGAAUUCCCAGGCAUCAAAGUGAUGGACGAGGAGGAAGCAGGGGUCACGGGCAUCAGCGGUCCGGGGAAGGCAAAGCAAAUGGAGAAUGGUGUGCUGGUGACCGACAGUGCAGGGAAGCAACUGCAGAGACAGCUCAGCAGCUCCUCCUCCUAUAGCGGGGACAUCAGCAGGUACCACAACAGCACCGCAGAACUGCAGAAAGCUGGGGCCAAGAAGGAGGAGACCUGGAAGCUGAUGGAGGCUGACAAGGUGCAGACGGGGCAGGCCAAGCUUUCUGUGUACUGGGACUACAUGAAGGCCAUCGGACUCUUCAUCUCCUUUCUCAGCAUCUUCCUUUUCAUGUGUAACCACGUGUCCGCGCUGGCUUCCAACUAUUGGUUCAGUCUCUGGACUGAUGACCCCAUCAUCAACGGGACCCAGGAGCACACGAAAGUCCGGCUGAGCGUCUAUGGAGCCCUGGGCAUUUCACAAGGGAUCGCCGUGUUUGGCUACUCCAUGGCCAUGUCCAUCGGGGGGAUCUUGGCUUCCAGCUUUCUGCACAUGGACCUGCUGCACAGCAUCCUGCGAUCACCCAUGAGCUUCUUCGAGCAGACCCCCAGUGGGAACCUGGUGAACCGCUUCUCCAAGGAGCUGGACACGGUGGACUCCAUGAUCCCAGAGGUCAUCAAGAUGUUCAUGGGCUCCAUGUUCAACAUCCUCGGUGCCUGCAUCGUUAUCCUGCUGGCCACGCCCAUCACCGCAAUCAUCAUCCCGCCCCUCGGCCCCAUCUACUUCUUCGUCCAGAGGUUCUACGUGGCCUCGUCCCGGCAGCUGAAGCGCCUCGAGUCGGUCAGCCGCUCCCCGGUCUAUUCCCAUUUCAACGAGACCUUGCUGGGGGUCAGCGUCAUUCGAGCCUUCGAGGAGCAGGAGCCCUUCAUCCGCCAGAGUGACCUGAAGGUGGACGAGAACCAGAAGGCCUAUUACCCCAGCAUCGUGGCCAACAGGGGGUGGCUGGCCGUGCGGCUGGAGUGUGUGGGCAACUGCAUCGUUCUGUUUGCUGCCCUGUUUGUGGUGAUCUCCAGGCAUAGCCCCAGUGCUGGCUUGGUGGGCCUCUCAGUGUCUUACUCAUUGCAGGUCACCACCUACUUGAACUGGCUGGUUCGGAUGUCAUCUGAGAUGGAAACCAACAUUGUGGCCGUGGAGAGACUCAAGGAGUAUUCAGAGACUGAGAAGGAGGCGCCCUGGCAAAUCCAGGAGACAGCUCCACCCAGCAGCUGGCCCCAGGUGGGCCGAGUGGAAUUCCGGAACUACUGCCUGCGCUACCCAGAGGACCUGGACUUCGUUCUCAGGCACAUCAAUGUCACCAUCAAUGGGGGAGAAAAGGUCGGCAUCGUGGGGCGGACGGGAGCUGGGAAGUCAUCCCUGACCCUGGGCUUAUUUCAGAUCAACGAGUCUGCCGAAGGAGAGAUCAUCAUCAAUGGCAUCAACAUCGCCAAGAUCGGCCUGCAUGACCUCUGCUUCAAGAUCACCAUCAUUCCCCAGGACCCUGUUUUGUUUUCCGGUUCCCUCCGCAUGAACCUGGACCCAUUCAGCCAGUACUCGGAUGAAGAAGUCUGGAUGUCCCUGGAGCUGGCCCACCUGAAGGACUUCGUGUCAGCCCUGCCUGACAAGCUGGACCACGAGUGUGCGGAAGGCGGGGAGAACCUCAGCAAGACGUCUCCUUUUUCGUACCUCUUCCACUAUCUCCAGUUGAUGAUUCUCUGAGCCUCAAGACACCUCCCAAAUGUCUUCUGGUACCUCUUGCACCUUCUCCAGUGGAUGAUUUUGUGACACCAGAGACACCUCCCGUCAAGCGUCGCUGGGGACCUGUAUCAUUUCCUUGAGCUGAUGAUUUUAGGAGAUGCAAGACACCUCCCAACUCUUUUUUCGUACCUCUUCCACCUUCUCCAGUUGAUGAUUCCCUGAGCCUCAAAACACCUCCCUCAGCUACUCAGGAGGUUGAGGCAGAAGAAUCACUUGAACCCAAGAAGCAGAGUUUCAGUAAGCUGAGGACAUGCUAUUGCACUCCAGCCAGGGCAACAUGAGUAAAACUGUGUGUCAAAAAAAAACAAACAAAAAAAUCAAAAAACAAAACACACACUCCAAAAACAAACAAACAAUAGAUAAUAUAAAAAUAAAAUAAAUACUGCAGUCCUUA